CUGCCAUCGCCCAUCACCCGUCCCCAUCCCACGUGGGCAGAGGCCAUGGGUGCACGGGUAGCCCCGGGGAUGCUCCGGCACCGCGGCUGCUUCUGAAGGCUCCCCAGGAAGUUUUGGGAGCGGGGGGCCAGCGGGGGGAAACAGCCCCGGCCAUGCUGGCCGCUCACUGAGACGCACCGGGAAGAGACGGAUGCGGGAGUCGGGACGGUGAGGCCUGGGUCGGUGCAGGAUUGCACCCACCGACCCCCAGCUCGGGGGCUAUGAGAGAAGAGGAGCCGGCAGGAGGAGAGGAAGAGGAGAUGCCGACCUUCAGCUGCCGACCGAGCGGCAGGGCACAGACCAGCUGCAGCCGGUGCCAGAAGAACCUUUCCCUCCAGACGGCCGUCAAAGUCCUCUACAUCUUCUCCAUCCUCCUCAUCGUGGCUGUGACCGUUCUGGCUGCCUUGGUGUUCAGGAAAGUUGACUCCAUCUCCAGCGACAUCAGCUCAGCCCAGACCUAUUAUGAGAAGAAGUUUGUAUCCAUCCAGGAGGAUCUCCAGGGCUUGGAUGAGAAGACCUCUGGGAACUGCUCCCUCUGCCACGAGACGGGACAGCUGGGCCAGGAGAUCACCAAGCUGCAGGGCGAGCUGGAGGAGAUCCAGAAGAUGCUUUUGGUUCAAGAGAUCCUGCUCGACCGGACCUCGCAGGCUCACGACCAGCUCUCGUCCACCAGCAACAAGAUCACCAGCGAGGUGGACAACUGCUCCUUCUCCAUCCGGCAGGUCAACAAAAGUUUGGGACAGUUCCUGUCUGAGAUUGGGGGUUGGCGGGCAGUCACCUCCCAGAUAGACAACUCUCUCAAGGGCUUGGCUCAGGAGCACUAUGAUGUCCGAGCAGCCAUGCAGCAGAUGAACUUCACCUUGGGGCAAACCUCUGACUGGAUCCAGGUCAUCCAGAGGAAGACGGACGAGGAGACGCUGACGUUGCAGAAGAUCGUCAGCGCGUGGCAGAACUACACCCGCCUCUUCGGUGGGCUGCGGGCCACCUCCUCCAGGACCAGCGAGCUGGUGAAGAGCAUCCAAGGCAGCAUCAGCACGGCAGCUCGGCAGGUCAGCCAGAACUCGGAGAGCAUGCACGACCUGGUGCUGCAGGUGAUGGGGCUGCAGCUGCAGCUGGACAACAUCUCCUCUUUCCUGGAUGACCACGAGGAGAACAUGAAUGACCUGCGCUACCACAACAGGUACAUGCAGAACCGCACGGCCGAGCGCUUCGAGACCCUGGAAGGUCGCAUGGCGUCCCAUGAGAUUGAGAUCAGCACCAUCUUCACCAACAUCAACGCCACUGACAGCCAUGUCCACAGCAUGCUGCGCUACCUGGAUGACGUGAGGCUCUCCUGCACCUUAGGCUUCCACACCCACACCGAGGAGCUCUACUACUUGAACAAGUCCCUCAGCCUGGUCCAAGGUACCACAGACCUGCUGCGGGAGCGGUACAGCCUGCUCAGCGCCCGGCUGGACUUCGACAUCCGCAACCUGUCCAUGGUCAUGGAGGAGAUGAAGGUGGUGGACGUCCGGCAUGGGGAGAUGCUGAAAAACAUCACAGUGUUACGAGGUGUGCCGGGCCUCCCGGGCCCCCGUGGCCUCAAGGGUGACGUGGGCAUCAAGGGCCCCCCAGGAAGCGAAGGAGAGAAGGGCGACGUGGGCAGCCUGGGCUCACCGGGACCACAGGGACCCCCUGGCCCUGCAGGACCCCCCGGCCCCCAGGGCGAGAGGGGUCCCCUGGGCUUGAAGGGCUUCCCUGGCCUCAAGGGUGCCAAGGGCAGCUUCGGGCAAUCCGGUUCCCAGGGACAGGGUGGACCCAAGGGAGACCCCGGCCCCCCAGGACUGGAUGGGGUGCCGGGGCAAGCAGGACCUCCUGGCCCACAGGGCAAACCGGGGCUCCCCGGGACCCCAGGGGCUGUGGGGCAGGCCGGCCCUGUGGGGCCCAAAGGAGACCCUGGUUUGCAGGGUCCCCCAGGGCUGCCGGGCCCCCCUGGCCCCCCAGGACAGUAACCAGCCUGCUGCCAGCCAGGGCACUGGGAUGGUGGGGUUGGGGGUCCCCACUGCUGACCCCCGAGUAGCCCUCAGUGCAGGGGUGUGAGGCAGAGCCUCGCAGGAUGGGGGCCGGAGGGGUGUCCCCCUGGGUGAGGGUCUGGUGCUGGUCUCCAGCUCUCAGGGAUGCCCCAGCUCUGGGCUUGGCUGUUCCCCACUCUGGGGAGGGGGGUCCCAGUGGGACGGGGUGCAGCUGGUUUGUGCCCUUCCUUCCCCCCCCCAGCCACCUCUGUCCCCCCCAAACCCUGCGCUGUGUCCCCAGUGUACUCCCAGCACAAUAAAGCUGUAUGGGGA